AAGGUGCGAGAGAGUUACCCUAUUCGAGGGGCCGGGUUUUGUCGUGACUCAUUCGUUGUUCGGGUUUCGAGUCGCGAAAUUUGUAUUUUCCGCGAGUCGCGUAACUUUUGUAUCGAAAUUACGAAAAUUUUCACGAAAAAAUUACCAACACCGGAGGUGUCGUUGUAGCGCAGGGGUACUCAGAAUGGGUACUGGUGAGACGAUACGGUGUUGGCUGCUGUGGGCGGUGGCAGUUCAUCCAGUCGUCGCCGGCAAUCCAGACGCCAAGCGUCUCUACGACGACCUUUUAUCAAACUACAAUAAGCUCGUUCGGCCGGUAGUGAAUACUUCCGAUGUAUUGCGAGUUUGCAUUAAAUUAAAAUUAUCGCAAUUGAUAGAUGUGAACUUGAAGAACCAAAUAAUGACCACCAAUUUAUGGGUCGAACAGUCGUGGUACGACUAUAAACUAAGAUGGGAGCCUAAAGAAUACGGAGGCGUGCAAAUGCUCCAUGUGCCAUCCGAUCAUAUUUGGAGACCUGAUAUCGUCCUCUAUAACAACGCAGACGGCAAUUACGAAGUAACGUUAAUGACGAAAGCUACCGUAUACUACACGGGUUUAGUAAUGUGGCAGCCGCCUACCAUAUAUAAGUCUUCGUGUGCCAUUGACGUCGAGUAUUUUCCGUACGAUGUGCAAACGUGUAUUUUGAAAUUAGGCAGUUGGACGUAUGACGGGUUUAAGGUAGAUUUACGACAUAUGGAUGAGAAACAAGAUUCAAAUAUUGUGGAUGUCGGCGUGGACUUGUCGGAGUUUUACAUGUCAGUCGAAUGGGACAUAUUGGAAGUUCCAGCAGUCAGAAACGAAAAGUAUUACACGUGUUGCGAUGAGCCGUAUUUGGAUAUCACGUUCAACAUCACCAUGCGAAGAAAGACGUUAUUCUACACCGUAAAUAUUAUCAUACCUUGUAUGGGAAUAUCAUUUUUGACUGUUUUAACGUUCUAUCUUCCAUCGGAUAGUGGAGAAAAGGUUACGUUAUCAAUAUCGAUUCUCAUUAGUCUCCACGUGUUCUUUUUACUGGUUGUGGAAAUCAUUCCGCCAACUUCGCUAGUGAUACCGUUGCUGGGAAAAUAUCUAAUAUUCGCUAUGAUAUUGGUAUCGAUCAGCAUAUGCGUGACCGUUGUCGUCCUAAAUGUUCAUUUUCGUUCGCCGCAAACACACAAAAUGGCACCGUGGGUUAAACGAGUUUUUAUUCACAUAUUACCCAAGCUGCUGGUCAUGAAAAGGCCUCAAUAUCGUUUCGAACCGAACAAAUUCAACGCCGGUUCGUUAGUGCUGAAAAAUCGCGAUAUACAUCCGUGCUUUUUUCAGCUGAAGCAUUCAGAUAACAAUACGGUUGUGGCGAAAAAUGACGAAUUCAUAAAUGUGUUGAAUAGGCGAUUGAGAACUACUUCAUCACGAGAAGACAUUUCACCGAUGAGGUGCUUAGCGGAAGGAAUGCAGUUCAGUAGCAGUUGUCAGAUACAUGGCCCUUCGGCGGUCACAUUCGGUAGUCUUUUAUCACAGGAGCUUUCGCCGUCCGAUGCUAACGUUACCGACGAUGAUAAUAAAAGCCCGGUCAUGAAUAAUCCGGGCUUUUUACAUUCGUCAUGUCCACCAGCCAUGCAUAGGUCGUGCUUCUGCGUCAGGCUUAUCGCCGAACACACCAAAAUGUUGGAGGAUUCUACCAAGGUUAAAGAAGAUUGGAAAUAUGUAGCCAUGGUAUUGGACAGACUGUUUUUAUGGAUUUUUACAUUAGCAGUUUUAGCUGGCACGGCUGGAAUUAUUCUACAAGCGCCUACACUAUACGACGAUAGAAUGCCGAUAGAUAAGAAAUACUCGAAUUCGUACUUUCAACGGUCUUGAAGAAUUGACGGUAUCGUCAUGUCUCCGCGCGUAUACUUGACAAAACACCAAGGAUACCAUUUGUUCUUCCAAGUUGAAAAUAUUUUAUUUUUUACCUGCCUUUGUGUUGUGCUGUACGAAUUUUUUUUUUAGUUAUGUGUUUUUUUUUGUGACUUGUCGUUGCAACGUCGUCGGAUCGUACGUAAAUUCGAUAGGAUUUUUUAUAUACGAACGUUUUAAGCAAGUUUUUGAACGUGAGUGAUUUUUUUAUAUGAGGUUUUUUUCGCUGAUUAGGUCGAAGAAAAUGGUGCGAGGGGAGGAUUUUUCGAUAAGUUUGGCGGUGAUUUGAGUUGAAUGGGGUGGGUUUCUGGAUUCGAAAUCGUAUAUAGGGGGAUGGUGAGAUAUGAAUCGAUCAUUUGAGAUUUACAAAAUUUAACUUGGGCUUUCCAUAGUUCUAUACCUACCUAAAGUUCUAAAAAAUAAACUGAAUCCUAUAUAAAAAAGUUAAACAUUUAAAGUUAAAUAAGAACAAUAAUUAUUUAUUAAAAAAAUGAAUAAAGACAAAUAAUUCGAAUAAUUUGCCUGGUAAUGUAGUAAGAACUCAAACUAGGUACCUAUUUGCCAAAUCUGGAAAUUGAAGGAGCAAAGAUGUCAAGGUACUUUGUUGUGUGUGACUGUGAACUCUGGAUGCUCACGACAAAAAAAAUUAUGUUCAUAUUAUGUGUAUUUUGUUGAUGUCAAAAUUGACAUUUUUAAAGAAAUUUUAAAAUUCCAGUCAAUAAUGAAUACGUACUUAGUCUCUCCAACUUUGCAGUUGAACUAAAAUUAAAAAAAAAAAAAAAAAAAAAAAAAACAUUCCUCGAUUUUCAAGGCCGGCAAAUCGAUUUACGGUUGUAUAGUUUGAGUUGCUUUAUUAUCAGUUGAGUUACCUAAUAUCUCAAUCAGAACACCAAACACUUAAAUUUUAUUUUAAAAAUGAUUUUCAACGUGCAACUUUACCCAACUAAUUAUUUGUAAGUUUAAUUCAUCACACCUAAUUUUCAAAAAUUAAUUUGGUGAUUUAAUUCCUAUAGACUAACUUGUGAUUAUAACGGCUCAUUCAUUGAGACGUUGAAUCACUUAAUAUAUAAAAAAUAAAUAAAAAUAAAUUCUUGAAAAUAAACUAAGUUGAAAGUAAAAAGAAAAUUUAAAAUUCAUAUUAAAAUUGAGGAUAUCUAAAAGUUAUUUAGAUACAUAACUACUUAUUGUGAUCAAUUUUGUUUGGAAAAACAAUUGAAUAUAAUUAUCUUCAUUAGAAAAACAUAAAACCAUAAAUUUUUGCAUGUUUAAAAGUAAUUUGAACGGUGAUUUAAAGCUAAAAAUAUCUGCAAUGCUCCCAUCAAAAGAUUUGAUGAUAAAUUUCUGAAUUUUUUUCCUACAAUUGGUAUUUCAAAAACAUGAAAAAUGUUUUUAAAAAAAAAGUAAAGAUAUUUCCUUAUGUACCCAUUCCUGACAAAAAAAAAAAAAAAAUACCUGAAGAUGAAAAUUUUCUCUUGAUUUUUUUUCUUGAAUGAAAUUAAUCCUCCUUCAUUUUGUUUAAAUUUAUGACAAUUUUCAAACAUUUGCAUUUUCGAAGUUGAAAAGUAUUUAACUAACCAAAGUGAAAUGCUAGAGACUGAAACUUUUACAAGAUUUGUUUUUAGCCAACUUGGUCUUUUUUUAACGUCGAUAAAAAAAUUUGGAUUAGGUACCCAAGUGGAUGAAAAGAGAAUAUUUUCCUACCUAUUAAUUGUUUUCAAUACUUUGUAGAAAACUUGAAUAAAAUCAACCUAUUCUUAUUUUUAAAAGGUCCUACAUUUUUUGUUUAAAUGACAUGAAAUUCUGCUGCAAACCAACUUCUCGUUUCCCCCUCUCACUACUGAUAAUUCUGUAAAAUUAAAUGAUUACUAAACAGAUGUGGAUAAAUAAACAAUCAAUUUAAAUACUUACCUAAUCAGUAAAAUCAAAUUGAAAUGGGGUUUUCAAGGAAAUUUUAAUGUUAGGAAGUGAGAAGGUGUAAAUUUCACUUGAAAAGCCUCAUUUCGUGGUGUGGACUGAACUUGUAUUUCCUCAAUGGCUGUUCAUUACCAAUUUUUUUCAUACGUUUUGGUGGAAUUGAAUCUGUUCAGAUCUGAUCAGAUCCUAUAGGGGAAACUUGACUUGAUUGGAUCUGACUGGAUCUGAAUAGAUCUACUCAGAUCUGGGCAUUUCUCAAAUUCUAGUAAUCAGGAUCUAUUCCAAAAGUCUGUCUUAAAAAAAAAGCAACUUUGUACCUAUUUAUUUUUUAAUUAAAGAUGCUGAUGGGUUAAAUGUUCUUUAACAUGAAUUUUUUUCAAAAAAUAAUUUUUAAAAAAAUUUAAUCCGUCUGAGAUGAUUUUUUUUUUAAUUUAAAAAUUAAAUAAAAUUAUCAUACCUACUGAACUUGCGUAAGAAUUAUGAGACAGUUAUGACUUGACAGUUGACAGUUACACAGAAAGGGGGGAAGGGAAGUCUUCUCGCCAGGUGAUCAAAACUAAUUGUCCGUUCAAUGUUCCUCUGGAAAACUGUCCAAGGAAGUUGUGCUUUUAAAUUUUUGGUGAGCCUUCUUAAAGAAACUGAAUCACACUUUUAGAUGAGAAAUUUCAUGCUCUAGAAUUUUGUUUUGAAAAAUUAAAACAAAGAACACGAUGCCUUCUUAUUUUGUAUGUAUUUUGCCAUUUUGGGAAUUGCAUUUAAAAGCGGUUCAAACAAAUGUUCAUUUUUUGAACCGGUUCCUUGCUUUCAAACUAGUUGUCAGUGAAUCCAAAAAAAAACCUGGUUGAUCAGUUUUUGUAAAAAAUUGAAAAUGAUUUCAACUGGAUUAUUUUUUCUCUUAAAUAAUUGAGGGGUUCCUUGGAAAAGGGGUCUUAGUCAAUUUUUUUUUUUUUUUCAUUCUUACAAUUCUGAAUACAAUUUAAAAUUAUUUUAUUGAUUAAUUCCACCAUAUUCAGUGAUAUUGAAUGGUUCUUCUAUGUAUGAAAAAAAAAGAAUUGGAAAAUGUUUGCUAAUAGAAAAAAUUUGUUAGUCUAUUUCAACUUGUAAAAAUCAGUGAAAAAAUUGACUAAGACCUCUUUUCCAUGAAGCUCCUCAACUAGUUUCUAAAUCAUUUUUCAAUUUAAAAAAAAAAAAUCAAUUUUUAUUAAAUAAAAGAUCAAAUUUUCAAAUAAUUCAGUUUUCAAACAUCAAAAAAAAAAAAUUUCAAAUUGUUACACUCUUGAAUAAAAAAUCAUUAUAAAAUGAAGGGACUGAAGCAAGGGCUGAGAAUUCUUUCCACGUCAUUGCAACUUAACCUGCUCAUUCACGCGUAAAUAAUUUUAACGAAAAAACUCUAAACAAAAAUUAAAACACUUGAUUAUAAAAAUUCCAAAGUUAAACAAGCAAAUAAAAAUAACGAUAAAUCAAUCAAGUAUAGUACCUACUAACUUACCAUACAUUGCAUAAAAAUCCUUCUUAAAAUGAUCCAAAAUAAAAGAAAAAUAAAAAACAAAAAACGAACUAAUGGUAGAAUAUUAAUAAACGUUUUAUUCCCUUGAUUAGAUAAAAAUUCAAAAAUUCAAAACCGUUGUUUGCUCAAUAAAUAAUUAUGAAUUUCGCCCAAAUAUUUUCAAAAAAAAAAAAAAAAAAAAAAAAAAAGUGGAACUAUCCUGCUUCCUGUUUCCAUUUUCUUCACUCUAAUCAGCUAAAAUGAUUCGAUAAAAUGAUAGAAAUGAUACCCCCCUAUGGCUGGUGAAAAUUCUCAACAGGUAUAUAAUAUGACAAGUUUCGCACCAAAAUCAUACAGCAAUACCACAAUUUGUGGUCGUACCAGAGAUAAAACCAAUUUAUUUAAAUAUUUAGCCUAUUUACAUAAUUCUCGAGUGAAUUUUUUACGUAAAUUUUCUACCAGAUGAUCGCAAUGUGAAUUUUCAAAAUAAUCACGACGAAUCAUCUUUUAUUAUUAUAGCUAAACGUAGAAGAAAAAAAAACAUCCUAGAUUAUGGCUGUGAUUUUCAACUUGCUCGUUACUUAAACAAAAAAAAAUUAAAUAAGAAAUACUUGAGUAGAAAUUUUAGCCAAUGUAUAAUAUAUUUUUUUUCAUUUUAUCAGUAUAUCGUGGUCCAACGAAACAAAAUUUAAAUAAAAUAAUGCCAGUCCCGAAGCCUUUUAUUAAUGUAAUUUUUUACUGCCAUUAUUUACUUAUAAGCAAUUGUAUUUUAUUACUAUGUUUAACGAGUUUGUAUGGUAUUUUUUUUUGUUUUUUUUCGUGUAUAAUGCAAAUUUAUCAUCAAAAAUGCUCUAUCUAUUGUUAUGCCAGAAGUGCUGAAUUACUUGCAUUUAUUCACGUUCUUCACCGGGUAAUGCGAAGGUAAUCGAGAAUACACGCCGAAAAUCGAGAACAAUUUUUUUUUUAUAACUGGAUAACGGUGUGUUUAAUAAGUUGAGUACAUAUCAUUAUUAUCUGAUAUUUUAAAUACGUAUCGUUAUAACGAAUGAUGACAAGUUCUCGCAUAAUAUAGGUUGUUUUAUUGGUAUGUAUUAUAAUCGUCAUUACCAUUUUUACCCUGUUUCCCUGUAUUUUUUUUAUUUUUUUUUAUCGUCGCAAUACCCGGUGAAUAAUAUGAUCUGCGAAGUUGAAAGGGUAGGUUUGUAAUAUUAAAAUAAAAUGUAACUGUCGAGUACAGUUUUUUAAAACAUCAAAUUUAAAAUGAUGAAAAAUGAUUAAUCAUUUUUAAAUUUUUUCUUAUUGAGUGUUUCAAUCGAAAUCCAGCACCUUAUUUUGUGUGAAAUUAUCAACCCACGAAUUUUUUCAAAAACCAUUCACUAAUGAUUUGACUCUUAAUGCAAAUUUUGUUGGGUUGCUGUUGACAUUUCAGAAUGAAACACUCAGCUUGAUGAAUAAAUAUCCAAUCGAGUUAAAGAAUUCGUGUAAAUAAGUGUACGUUAUUAAAAAAAAAAAAAAAAAAUCGUCAUAAAUAAUGAUUUUUGUAGCCUGAGUGGUUUCAAUAAUUCACCUGAUAAAUCACAAUGUAAAAUACUACAUUUAAAAUGGAGCAUAUGAUAAUUGUAAAAAGUGUAAAUGAUCGUGUAAUAAAUGUACAAUGUACCUACCUACCUAAUUUGUUGAAUUUUCUAAAUAAGGAAAUCAAAACAAUUAACAAACCUACCUGAAUCGCAUGUAAAAAGUAUUAGAGAAAAAUAUUGACAAUAUGUUACCUUUUUGGUUUGUUUAUAUUAUUAAUAUUAUUAUUUUUUUAUAUAUGUUAUCAUUUGUACGUAUUCAUUUUAAAUAUUCAGUUUCAAAGAAUUGACAAAAAAAAAACAAAUGUGUUCUUUGAUCGGAUUCAAAUACCAAAGUACAUCGAAUUAAAUAAAGCGAUCAUUAAAUAUUAAUUAAAUAAUCGAGCAUUAAUGAGAGUUUUUUUUUUUUUUUUUUUUAAUUAAGAAAUAAAAAUUUGAAAAACAUAAAUAGAUAAACGGUGGUAAAUAAAUUCAUAAAUUGGAGAACUUUUUCACCAAUUAUAGACUUCGAUGUACGUCACUUUUGGUAAUUUGACGGAUAUUUUCCACAGCUCAUGAAUUUUUUUAUAGCAAAAAUAUACACGUCAUGUUUAUUAGUACCUACUUUGAUAUUGUUAAUAAUGUUUGAAAUACAUUUUAUAGAAUUAUAAUACCUAUAGUCAAUAAGGUGGUCCUUUUUUUUAUACGGUAGAAUUAUUAUUUGAAUAGGAUUUGACCUGAACAUUUUAUGUGAUAGCAGUGUACCUUUAUGGUUCAUUUAGAUAUGAACCGAAUUUGUUAAAAUAAACGAUUUAUGUAUUACUAGAAUAAUAUGCGAAAUGUUAGUAAACUUACUUACCUAUGUGUGAAAACAAUAAAAUGUUCUGUUUUUUCUA